AUGAAUUCUUCAACGGCAUCCAAUUUAACGAUACCAGCAUGGGUCGUAUACAAAAAGCCUCUGGUCAUUUGGUGUUUUGCGACAUUAAGCAUAUCCGUCGUCGGGAUAAUUCUUUACGCUCUGUUAUUAACCGUCAUCAUCCAGCGAAAAGCCUACCGCUCCGGAUGCGAGAUCCUGAUUCUCCACCAAAUCUUCGUGGACGUUGUCAUGGUGGCCAUUCUCAUCCCCAGCAACAUCCUUAACGUCUAUCUGGGCCAGUACAAUUUAUUCGGCUAUCGGGACUGCGCGGCAAUGCACUUUAUUUUCAUGACGACCCUCGGAGUCUCCAACUGGUCACAGACGACACUGGCCGUCAACCGGUUUGUGGCCACCCUCUAUCCACACUCGUACAAGUACUGGGUGUCACCGGUGGCUCUGGUCUGUAUGGUGGCUUUUGAUUGGCUCUUGACUAUAGCUAAUAAUAUACCGGAGGCACUUAGCGUGGAUGGCAGUUACGGAUUCUCCCAGACGUGGCGCAACUGUGGAUACUGGAUCAACCGUCCGGGACUGUUCAUUCAGUUUUACGUGGCAAUUAAUAUCUACAUCCCCACCAUUGUUAUGAUGUUGUUGUACUUGGUCAUUUUUGCCCGAAUCGGUCGCAUGCGGAGAAUUACGGUGGAGAGCAGCUCGACCAGUCUGGAUAGGAGACGCAGCCGAUUUCGUCGGCGUGUUAUGAUGGCGAAGAUUUUGUGCUUUACGUCGUUAUGGUACUGCGCCUGUUUCUAUCCGCAGAACAUCGCCGGAUCGCUGCGUGUUGAUGGGAAACUGGUGUUUAUGCAAUUGUGGUUGCGGACGCUUUAUUUGUGCGGAUACAUUUUGACACCGGUGUUCUUUUUCGGUCUCAAUCAUGAGUACCGCGCUGCCCUGGGAAGGAUCAUGCAAAGGAUAUUUCGAUGCCGGUGUAAUUUCGUCUUUAGAACCAUCGUGAUUCACUCCCGUGAAGAAACUGAAGGGAGCGGAGAAACCUUCGGUCUUAAAAAGCUUACGCCACGAUAA